UGGAACGCCGAUUCGAAUCGCGAUCUGUGUUUGACGUUUAUUUUUUUUAUUUGGAACUGUUGGCCAGUGUUGUGAUUUGGAUUGUAUUUCGUUUUACGAGAUACUCCAUGGCAACAUAUGGAUACAUUUGAAGUAUGUCACGAAAACCAUACGCCUGCGAUAGAAGUAAUGGACAUAGAAAUGGUUACAAAGAGGUAGCGAAAGUUAUGAUGAAAAGUGUUAGUGUGAAGUCACAGUGUAGAGUGACGAGCAGAUGUGCCAAUGUGUUGUUUCUACUGUUGAGGAUACAGACGGUGACUGCGUUGCAGCAAUGGACAGUGUUCUGUUUGUUGUUUAGUUGUGUUUGUGCGAGAGAACAGAAGUUUGCUAUUGAGCCUCAGGAUCAGAGUGCAGUGGUAGGAUCAAGGGUGACGCUACCCUGUCGAGUGGUGAACAAAGUUGGUCAACUACAGUGGACCAAAGAUGACUUUGGUCUCGGCACACAUAGACAUCUCACUGGCUAUGAGAGAUACAAGAUGGUUGGCAGUGAUGAAGAAGGCGACUAUUCUUUGGACAUCAGAGAAGUCACGUUAGACGAUGAUGCCCUGUACCAGUGCCAAGUCAGCUCCGGACCUAGAGGCGAACCACCAAUAAGAUCCCGUUACGCGCGACUAGUUGUGCUGGUGCCUCCUGAACCACCGAAGAUACUACAAGGCUCUACAUUACUGGCAGUUGAAGAUAGAGAAGUGAAUCUAGAAUGUGUUUCUACUGGAGGAAAACCUCCUGCUGAGAUAACGUGGGUGGACCACGAUGGAGGCGUGAUGACACAAGGUGUCACGUAUACUACUGAGCAGAUGGCAGAUGGAAGCAGGCAUGUUGCCAGGUCGGUGCUUCGACUACGGCCGAGGAGGUUUCACCACAACCAGACUUUCACGUGCCAAGCUCAGAACACAGCUGACAGAGCAUACAGAGCUGCUUCUAUUAGACUACAGGUCCAAUAUGCUCCAAAAGUGCGAGUUUUCAUCAAAUCCGGCGCAGCCAGUGGCAGGAUACAGGAAGGAGAUAUCUUAGCAGUUGGUUGCCAAGCAAGUGCCAACCCUAACAACUUGACGUACAGGUGGUUUCUGAAUAACGAACAAAUCGCCGGCGCGGUCAGAAAUGAACUGAUACUACCGAAUAUUUCUCGGAAGCUCAACGAAGCGACGGUGAAAUGCGAAGUACACAACCCGGUCGGAAAGAGCGCGGACACGAAAUCCUUGGAAGUUGCUUACGGCCCCACAUUCCGUCAAAGACCAAGAGACGUGGAAGCAGAAACGGGCUCGUCAGCAACCUUGACGUGCCUCGUCGAUGGUUAUCCAACUCCGAACAUCGAGUGGGUUGUGUACAGAGGAGAACAUGUUGUGGUCGCGGGAAAAUCUCCUAAUCUCACGGUCACAGUGAACGCGGCGACAGCAGGCCAGUAUUGGUGUAAGGCUAGUACGGAAGGUUAUCAGCCUAUUGAAGCUCCGGCUAUGGUUUAUGUUAGAGGUCCGCCGAAAAUAAUGUCAAACCAAACACAAUAUGGCGUAGAGGGAGACAGCGUGAGGAUAGAAUGUAUAUCUUUCUCUGUCCCGAAGCCUGACUAUGUGCUUUGGUCAUUUGGAGGGAACGAGAUCAACUCAUUCUAUAACCAGGAAUACGCGUUUUUAGAAGAAACUUUGACAGACGGGAAGACGAAGUCAACUCUUAUAAUAAGAGAGAGCGACGCAAGGCAUUUUGGCAAUUACAAUUGUAGUGUCUCCAAUUUGUAUGGCUCAGAUAGCAUAGAAAUACGACUCAUACCUGACAAAUCUCUCCCACUAAUCCUCAUAAUCAGCAGUGUUUCUUCAGCCAUCAUAGUCAUCCUAAUAAUCAUGCUGAUUGUCAUGCUGUGCCAUCGCAAAAGGGACGUUGAUAAGAAGCCAGACAUCACUGAUAUCAAAGCUAACGAUCCGUUUAAAGAUAGCGAUAGAAGUUCUAAUAUCAGUGAUUUAAAAAUGGAAUUGAGACAAGUUGAAGGAAGUUGUGAAAUGGACCCCUCAAACGGAUCAGACACAGAGUUCCACUCCAACCUGCAGCUGACUACGAACCUGGGUCUACCACUAGCGGGCCCAGUGUCCAUACCUGACCCUGGCAUUGAUAACGAGCUGAUGAAGUAUCAGCGGUAUAGUGGAGACUUCAAUCAGGCUAUCAGCCAUUUGAAUUUUAAGGGUGGACAGAGCAACGGCUACGUCCCUUACGUAGAUUACUCCAGAGACUACGUGCCACAACCCGACAGUUUAACAGGAUCGUUCACAAGAAGUACAGAAUACCCACCACAGUGCGGCUCGCUAAACAGACAGGCUAGCUGCGGAAGACUGGGAGGAUUGGUUGGACCUGAUGUUAUCCCGAUGGCUAAUCAAGCAGCUUUGAGCGGUGGCGUGGACGUCAGAUACGCCGCUACGUACGGAAACCCGUAUUUAAGAGGAAGCGGAUCUAUCUCAUACGUCCCGCAAGUGAACACGGCCAACCCGGCAGCAACUCCAGCACCGCCACCAUAUUACUCCGUUAGAAAUAAUCUACCCUUACCUGCAACAUCAGGGAUAUCUCCAUCAUCAUCAUCAUCAUCGUCCAAACCAAUGACAAGUCCAAUGGCGUCAUCAUCGUCCGUCAACAGCUCCGCUCAGCCACAGGUCCCGAGGGUGUCGCCUCAGACAGGCUUGUACAUUUUGCCGCCGACGAGCCAGGGGAAUUUCCAAAAUAACCAAAUUACUGCCAAAGGUAAUGGCCAAGGAACAGGAACACACGUUUAGAAAACUGUAGAAGGGUUAGGUGAUUUAAAUAUAAAUAAAUUGUGCAUAGAACACUCACUUCAUACAUUUUGUUGAAAUAAAAUGUUGUAUGUGUUGCUCUCAAGGAAAAGGUACCACAUUGUAGCUCAGGCAAAAGGACGUCCGGUAGUACGUAUAAAGAUGCGAGACAAUUCCGUCAUUAUGGUAAGAGAAAAUGUAAACCUUUUAUAUGAGAAUGCCACAAAUCUUCUUUGUAUCAUUUUAAGCCGCUAAAGGGAUAAAUUGUCAGGGUUGUCACUUAAGCGGCUUUUUAAGACUUGACUAGUUUUAAGUAAAAAUUAAUGUUUGAGUCAAUUUAAGAUUAUGACUGCUUACUAAAUUUACUUAUAAAAUUAAAUAAAUAUCAUCAAAAUUUUCUGUAAAAAAAAAAUAGUAAAUUUAAGAAAAUUGUUAAAUUUCUGGCCUUUUAAUUUGUAAAAAUCUUAUUAUGGCAAAGCCAAAAAGGCUUAAUAUUUUAUACAAUAAAAAAAUGAUUGUGAAGUUUUGAAAGAAUUAGAGAUAAAAAACUGUUAAAUAGGAAUUUUAGCAUGUAGGGUAGACAGUUUUAUUCUAGAGAAUAAAAAAAACUAUGACUUUUUAUACUAUUGAUAAUUUUAACGGCUUUAUUAUAUCAAAUGGAAACCUUUUAAGCCUAAAAUAAAAAGCUUUAAGUGUCAAUGUCAAAGAAAAUUAGUUAAGUAAGUAAAUUAGUUUAUGUACUUUUAAUGUUUUCAUACAAUGACUAUUUUAUUACUUUAGUAGAUGAUAAAAAUACUAUUAUUCAAGUUGUAAUUUUAAGUAAA